AUGGUCGACAUGGCAAGUCCUCAGGUUCGCCCUCGUGCCGUUCUGGGCCUCUUGACUUUCGGUCCAGACGGAACCCAAUCCUAUGGGAGCCGAAUUACGUCCUUGGACGCCUUCAACGAAUGUCUGGACCAUUUCCAGUCGCGGGGCUACAACCAAGUUGAUACAGCCCGCACUUACGUCGGUGGACACCAAGAAGGGUGGACCAGGCGUACAAACUGGCGUGAUCGCAAGCUUGUGCUGGCGACAAAGUGGUACCCAUACAAACCAGGAGAUCACUCCAAGUCUGUGGUCAAAGAGAAUCUGUUCAAGAGUCUAAACGAGCUAGGUUCAGACUCUGUUGACAUAUUCUACUUGCAUGCGCCCGAUCGCUCUGUUCCCUUCCAAGAGACGCUCGAAGCUUGCCAUGAGCUGCAUCAACAGGGGAAGUUCAAGCAGUUGGGUCUGAGCAACUACGCAGCCUGGGAGGUCGCCGAAAUCUGGAACAUUGCUGAUCAGCGAGGGUGGAUCAAGCCAACUGUCUAUCAGGCCAUGUACAACUGCUUGACGCGGGCUAUUGAGGAAGAGUUGGUGCCAUGCUGCCGAAAGUACGGCAUCGAUGUCCUUGUUUACAACCCGCUCGCUGGAGGUGUACUCAGUGGAAGGUAUCAAAGCAAGGAGAUCCCGGAUGAUGGCGGUCGGUAUUCGACGAAUGAUCCGGUGGUCGGCGCAAUGUACCGUGAGAGAUACUUCAAGGAUGUCAACUUUGAAGCUUUGAAGGUCAUCAAGCCGGUUGCGGACAGGCUUGGCUUGACCCUAUUGGAAGUCGCAUUUCGGUGGCUAGUCCAUCACAGCAAGCUCAAAAUUCAUGAUGGCAAUGACGGGGUCGUGAUAGGUGUCAGCUCUCUAUCUCAGCUGGAGAGUAACCUGACUGAUCUGGAGAAGGGGCCACUGCCAGGUGAGGUGCUGGCGGCUCUUGAUCUAGCAUGGGAGAUCACCAAGCCUUCGUGUUCCUUGUACUGGAGGUAG